AUGGCUCCCACGGCCCCAUCAGAUGCUGGCGAUAAGCCAUUCGAUGCCCACAAGUCAUUGGAAACUAUUUUCAAGAACAAUCGCGAUUGGGCUCAUGAGAAGGGUCGCGACCCGAUCUUUUUUGAAAAACUGGCCGAUGGACAGGCGCCUAACUACCUCUAUAUUGGAUGCAGUGACAGCCGUGUCCCCGCGAACGAGAUUAUGGGCCUAGAGGCUGGAGAGGUAUUUGUUCACCGGAACAUCGCCAAUCUGGUCCCUAACCUGGACUUGAAUGUCAUGUCCGUGGUCAACUAUGCAGUUAGGCACUUGCACGUCAAGCACAUCAUCGUCUGUGGUCACUACAGUUGUGGAGGGGUUAAGGCUGCGCUGACACCCGCCGACUUGGGCAUUCUCAACCCGUGGCUUCGGAAUAUUCGGGACGUGUAUCGUUUGCACGAGAAAGAACUCGAUCAAAUUGCCAAUGAGGAGGAGAGAUAUAACAGACUGGUGGAGUUGAAUGUGGUGGAGUCUUGCAGGAACGUUAUCAAGACCGCGGCGGUUCAGCAAAGUUACGAGGAAACCGGAUAUCCCAUUGUUCACGGAUUGGUGUUUGAUCUUCGUGAUGGAUUGCUGAAGGAUCUCAAGGUUGAUUUCGAAAAGACCCUUGGAGAUGUUAAGAAGAUCUAUUGCCUUUCCAGAGAUUAG